GCGGCAGUGUUGUUGCUAACUUCGCUUAACCGGUAUUUGUCAUUACUCGAGGUGUUUUUUGAAGUUCCCGAAUUAUAUCGAUAAAAUGGCUAUAAGUUUAUUAAAUCCGAAAGCUGAGGUCGCCAGGGCUGCCCAAGCGUUAGCUGUGAACAUUUCCGCGGCUAAGGGUAUCCAAGAUGUGAUGAAAUCGAAUUUGGGGCCCAAGGGUACAAUGAAAAUGUUGGUCUCUGGCGCGGGCGACAUCAAAAUCACCAAGGACGGCAACGUCUUGCUGCACGAGAUGCAAAUCCAGCACCCUACGGCCUCCUUGAUAGCCAGGGCUUCGACCGCGCAGGACGACAUGACCGGCGACGGCACCACCUCCACCGUCCUGGUGAUAGGCGAGCUCCUCAAGCAGGCCGACAUCUACAUAUCGGAGGGAUUGCACCCGAGGAUCCUGGCCGAAGGAUUCGACAAAGCCAGAGCCAAGGCGCUGGAGGUCUUGGAGAAGAUCAAGAUCCCCGUCGAGGCGUCCAGAGAGAGCCUGAUGGACGUGUGCAAGACCAGCUUGAGGACCAAGGUGCACCAGAAGCUGGCCGACGUUCUGGCCGAGGUGUGCGUCGAUGGGAUUUUGGCCAUCAAGCAGGGGGAUAAACCUGUCGACUUGCACAUGGUUGAGUUGAUGGAGAUGCAGCACAAAACUGAAGCUGACACUUCUUUGGUCAAAGGUAUCGUGAUGGACCACGGGUGCCGCCACCCCGACAUGCCCAAACAGCUGAAAAACGCGUACAUCCUCACCUGCAACGUGAGCAUGGAGUACGAGAAGAGCGAGGUGAACUCGGGCUUCUUCUACAAAACGGCCGAGGAGCGCGAGAAGAUGGUGACGGCGGAGCGCGACUUCAUCAUGCAGCGCGUGCGCAAGGUGGUCGAGCUGAAGAAGAAGCUCUGCGACGGCACCGACAAGAGCUUCGCGGUGAUCAACCAGAAGGGCAUCGACCCCAUGAGCUUGGACAUGCUGGCCAAGGAGGGCAUCAUGGCGCUGCGCAGGGCCAAGAGGAGGAACAUGGAGCGUCUAGCGUUGGCCUGCGGCGGCGUUGCCGUCAAUUCUUUGGACGACCUGAACGAGUCUCAUCUCGGCUACGCCGGGUUGGUCUACGAGCACGUGCUCGGCGAGAACAAGUACACCUUCGUGGAGGAGUGCAAGGUGCCGCAGUCGGUCACCAUCCUCAUGAAGGCGCCCAACAAGCACACGCUGCUGCAGAUCAGGGACGCGGUCAGGGACGGGCUGCGCGCCAUCAACAACGCCAUCGAGGACAAGGCCGUGAUCCCGGGCGCGGGGGCGUUCGAGGUGGCGGCCAACAAGGAGCUGCUGGCCUUCAAGGACACCGUCAAGGGCAAGGCCAGGCUGGGCGUGGCCGCCUACGCUGAAGCCCUGCUCGUCAUCCCCAAGGUCUUGGCCACCAACUCUGGGUUCGACGCGCAGGACACCAUCGUGAAGCUGCAGGAGGAGUCGCGGUUGAACCCGGAUCCGGUGGGAGUGGAUUUGACCUCGGGAGAGCCCGUGAAUCCCAAAGAUGCCGGCAUCUUCGAUAACUACAUCGUCAAGAAGCAAAUCAUCAACUCUUGCUCCGUUAUAGCCAGCAACUUGAUUUUGGUGGAUGAAAUCAUGAGGGCUGGUAUGAGCAGUCUCAAAGGAUAAUUUCAUUGUUUUUUCAUUAUUUUUCACAAUUUAUCACACGCUUUAUAACUUGUAUUAACAUUUUGCAUUAAUAAAAAAACAGUUCACUAA